AUGCCAUACUCACAUUCACCAAAAGAGCCCAUUGCCAUCAUCGGUAGUGGGUGUCGCUUUCCCGGAGACUCGACAUCUCCUUCAAAGUUGUGGGACUUGCUUUACUCUCCGCGAGAUCUCACAAGGGAAGCUCCCGCCGAAUCACGAUUCAACGCUAAAGGUUUUUACAAUGUCGACGGUGAGCAUCACGGUGCCAGCAACGCAAGCAAUGCGUACUUCAUCGAGGAGGAUCCUCGGCACUUUGAUGCUGGAUUCUUCAGUAUCGCACCUCGCGAAGCCGAGUCUAUCGAUCCGCAACAGAGGCUCCUGCUUGAGACAGUGUAUGAAGCCAUGGAAAAUGCAGGCCUUACUCUGACUGGAAUGAGGGGCAGCGAGACUUCAGCCUACAUGGGCGCCAUGUCGGCCGAUUACACAGAUACUCAGCUGAGAGAUAUCGAGAACGUUUCCAAAUACAUGAUUACCGGGACAUCCCGCGCGCUCUUGUCGAAUCGUCUCUCCUACUUUUUCGACUGGAAGGGUCCCUCUAUCAGCGUCGACACGGCGUGCUCGUCGAGUCUGGCAGCUGUGCAUCUCGGUGCCCAGGCUUUGCGCGCUGGGGAAUGCAAAAUCUCAUGUGUAGGCGGCUCCAAUAUCAUCCUCAAUGCUGAUUGCUACCUUGCCGCCACCAGUCUUCAUUUGCUUUCACCAACCGGCCGGUCCCAGAUGUGGGAUGUGGCUGCUGAUGGAUAUGCCCGGGGUGAGGGCGUUUGUGUCUUCUUCAUGAAGACGUUAUCUCAGGCACUGCGAGACGGAGAUCGAAUCGAUGCACUGCUCCGAGAAACAUGUGUCAACUCGGAUGGUCGAACACAAGGAAUCGCCUUACCUAGUGCGGAGGCCCAAGUCUCGUUGAUGAGGACUGCGUACAAAAAUGCUGGGCUAGACCUCUCAAAAGCAGAAGAUCGCCCACAAUACAUUGAGGCCCACGGAACCGGUACCCAAGCCGGAGAUCCUAGAGAAGCAUUUGCCAUUGGCACCACAUUCUUCCCACCCGAGGAAGAUCACAGCCAUAGACCCAAACUUGUCGUUGGGUCAAUCAAGACCGUGAUUGGUCACACUGAAGGAUGUGCUGGUAUUGCAGGAAUUUUGAAGACCGUUCUGGCUAUGCGGCACAAGACCAUUCCUCCCAAUCAACAUUUCCACAACCUCAACCCCAGCGUAAAGCCUUCUUUCACAUAUCUUUCAAUUGCCACUACACCGGAGCCCUGGCCUGUGCCGCCUCCUGAUACCCCACUGCGGGCAAGCGUCAACGGAUUCGGCUCCGGGGGUACUAAUUGUCAUGCCAUUGUGGAAAGCUACGUUCCCGAGAUUCACGACAAUGGCCCCUGGGGAAAGCCAAGAGAGCUGCAACAACUUCCAGACCCCUCUGCCAUACCCGAUAAUGACUUCUCUCCUAUCCCUCUGCUGUUUUCGGCAAACUCGGGAUCUGCCCUCGUUUCCAUGCUCGAGAGGUAUGAAGAAUACUUGGAGAAGACUGAUGUGUCUAUUCAACGCCUGGCCAUGACACUCAACACCCAUCGUUCCACUCUGCCAGUCAGAAUCUCUAUACCUGGAUCAUCGAAAGCGGAAGCUCUCGGUGCAAUCCGGACACAACUUACCAAAGUUCGUUCAAGCCCCGGGGCGGAAAUAGGCACCCGAUCCUCCCUUCACGAGUUUGAUCAGAUCAAACGGCCCAAGAUCUUGGGUGUAUUUACUGGCCAAGGAGCCCAAUGGGCAGGAAUGGGCCAAGGCCUUAUGGAGAAAAAUGCGUUGUUCAGAGAAGUCAUCGAAGUGAUGGAAGAAGCAAUGGCACAGCUUUCUGAUGGACCAACGUGGUCUCUGAAAGAGGAGAUUAUGAAGCCACCAGGAACAUCGCGACUAGGCGAAGCUGAGAUCUCUCUACCGGUUUGUGCGGCGCUGCAGGUCGGCCUUGUUAAGGUUCUCUGGAGUGCAGGAAUAACUUUCAGUAUGGUCGUCGGUCACUCUGGUGGCGAAAUCGGUUCCGCAUAUGCCGCGGGUAAAAUCAACGAGGUCGAUGCAAUCAAGAUUGCCUACUACCGCGGUGUGUACACGAAACUCGCCAUCGGUAAAGAUGGGAAAAAGGGCGGCAUGAUUGCCGUUGGAUUUGGUUACGAAGAAGGCCUCCGAUUUUGCGCGCUCGAGCAAUUUGCCGAUCGCCUCACUGUCGCUGCUAGUAACUCACCUAAAAGUGUGACGAUUUCUGGAGAUUUGGAUGCCGUUGGAGAAGCCAAAGAAAUGCUGGACGCUGAAGGCUUGUUCAAUCGUGUUCUUCGGCUCGACACAGCCUACCACUCCCAUCAUAUGUAUCCUUGCGCGGCGCCCUAUUUGGCUGCCAUCGAGCGUUGUGACCUUGUCGCUGGCAAGUCCAAUAAUACUGCUUGGGCAUCAAGUGUGUACAAAGAUAACAGAAUGAUCACUCCUGCCCAGGAUGAAGAUAUGGCAGCAGCCUACUGGAAAGACAAUUUGAUUGGCAGAGUCCUGUUCUCACAAGCGGUUGAGCGCGCCUUGGACGAGGGUAACGGUGAGUUUGACCUCGCCCUUGAGGUUGGACCGCAUCCUUCUCUCAAGGGUCCCACUUUGGAGAUCAUCAGAGACAAACUUGGCUCCGAAAUCCCCUAUUCCGGCGUUCUGGAUCGCAAGUCAGAUGACAUUUCGGCCUUGAGUACCGCGCUUGGGUUCGCGUGGGUGACAUUGGGAUCCGGGGUUGUCGACUUUGCAGGCUACGCGUCCGCAUUCAACCCGAAAAAUUCUUCCAUCUUAAACGCACCCGCUCUGUUUGAUCUACCGACAUACCCGUGGGAUCACAAGAAGGUCUUAUAUCGUGAAUCUCGGCUUAACAAGAAUGUCCGCAACAGAGCCGAUGCGCCUCACCCGCUUCUUGGUAGCAGAACCCCCGACGAUACGGAUUAUGAGCCCAGAUGGCGAAACUUCUUCAUCAUGGACGAGUUACCUUGGUUGCGAGACCAUUCCAUCCAAAAUCAGAUCAUUGUUCCGGCCGCCACCUACUGCGUCAUGGCUCUUGAAGCCGCCAAGGUCCUUUGCCGAGGGAAGAAUGUACACAGCAUUGAAUUAUCCAAUGUAGCCAUCUUGCGUCCAAUUGUUCUAGAUGAGGCGUCAGAUGGCACCGAGACCUUGUUUUCUGUGCGAAGCAAUCUUGAUUCAAACAAGAGCGAUGGAGAGAUCCAAGCACAAUUCAGUCUCAGCGCCGGCGCGAUGGAUGACAGGCAUUUGAGAACUGCGGCCACCGGUCAGAUUCGAAUCAUUCUUGCUGACCGUGCUAGUGGUUCAAAAUCACUCCCGCUACCCGAUCCACGUCGAGAGGCAGUGCUUGAUACGUUGCCCACCAGUGUUGAUCGGUUCUAUGCCUCAAUGGACGAGAUCGGCUUGAGCUACAGCGGACCGUUUAGAGCCAUGGAGUCCAUGCAAAGACGUCUGAACUUCGCAUCUGCUACCGUAGCUGUGGAUAGAGAGCUGUCGGGUACAAUUCCUGUUCAUCCCACCUGGCUUGACGCCUGCUUCCAGACCUUCCUCGCAGCCUUUGCCGCCCCUCUCGACAGUUCACUAUGGACUGCCUUUAUGCCCACCACAAUCGGUCGAAUGAUUUUGUUCCCAUCGGGCAAUUUCCAAGGUCCUGGAUCUUCGGUAACUGUGGACGCCCACAUUACCGAGUUUGCACCAGGUUAUCAGGUCGCACUGCCGACACUGACGGGUGAUAUGAGCAUAUUCAACACUGAAACCAAUCAAUUGCAAGUCCAAAUUGAAGACUUUGUUAUGAGUUCAUUCCUCCCUGCUUCUGAAAAUGACGACAGACAAUUCUACCUGAAGAAUGUCUGGGAACAGGAGAUUCUUUCUGGAGCUCUCUGUAGUUCGGAACGCAGCAACGUGGCUUCGGAAAGUGAGCUAAAGGUUAUUGAUGCCUGUGAGCAAUUUAUACAAUACUACCUGUCAAAGAUCAAGACAGCUGCUCACUUCGACGACUUGACUAACAAAAUUCCCGCGCUACGUUCUUUGAUUAGCGAAAUGGAAGCUCGUGCUAGUAGCGUUCCGACGAAAUCUGAUAUUAUCUCAAUUCUGGAAGAAGUUGGGGAUCACAUAGACAUUGUCUUGGUUCGCACCAUCGGGGAAAGUCUUCUGGAAAGUCUUUCAGAAUCCCAAACUGAAGGGCUUGGUCCAAAUAGCCCCAAGGUCACCCCGUCAUCAAUGGGUGCCCUGAUAUCGCGUUGGCACAAUGAGGGCCUGGGCUUCUCAGAAUUACGGAACCAUUUUGUGAGCGCAGUUAAACAAAUUUCUCAUCAACACGCCAAUUUGAGAAUUCUUCAAGUCGGUCCAUCCUCACCAAAUUUAAUCCGUGCGAUUUUCCACGAGCUGGGUCGCAGCUUGGAGAAAUAUAUUGUGGUGGAUGAUUCCGAGCACAUUAUCGAGGAUAUCAAGACUGCUCUUGCUGCAGACCAGUUAAGAGUGGAUUUCACACAAGCCAAUGUCGAGAAUGGUAUCGAUGAAGUUAACCAUUUGACUGGCCCGUUCGACUUGUCUGCUGCGGCCAGGAGGCUUUAUGCUCAUGAUGGCCGCGACCGGUCCUCAGCUUCGCUUCCCCUUUAUGUUGCUGUCCGCACCCCCUCGCUUGAUGAGGAUGGAUUGGCCCAAACCAAAUCCAUUAACCCCACGCGUGAAGAUACUCACAACUUACUUCGACAAAUUGGAUUCUCUGGAGUAGACUCCAUUGCUCUGGACAACGUACCAGACAAACAUACAUUCUCUGUCAUCGUGUCCCAAGCGGUAGAUGAUCAGAUCAACUUCUUGCGCAGCCCACUAACAUGUUCCUCGCCUUCUGUUCUCAGCGGAAAGCUCCUGGUUGUAGGCGGUCUGUCGCGAGACAUCGCCAAGCUUGCUACAGGUAUACAAUCAAAGGUGGAAAAUGUUUGGCAGGGAGAGAUCAUCAACGUUCGAACGCUUGCUGAGCUGGGCGAUGAGGCCAGCGGCGUUGAGGCCGUCUUAAGUCUGACUGAUCUCGACCGUCCGGUUUUGGAGGAUAUCAGGGCUCCAACGUUCAAGGGUCUGCAGUUACUACUUUCAACUGCGAAAACGGUUCUUUGGAUUACUGAAAAAGCCAGAGCCGAAAGUCCUUACCAGAAUGCCACUAUUGGUAUUGGUCGGUCCUUCCAGUCUGAGAACCCACAGAGGCUUAUCCAGUUCCUUGAUCUCGACACGAUUGAUGGAGCUGAUUCAAGCAUUGCGGAAAGCUUCCUCAAACUCAUUGGUGGUGUUACUCUGAGAAAUAGUGAUUCCGCGGAUGCAACUCAUUUGUGGACCAUUGAGCCAGAACUCUCCCUUGAGAACGGCAAAUAUCUUGUUCCAAGACUUUUCCCAGAUACAAAGCGUAAUGAUCGGCUAAACGCUGUCAGGCGCAAGGUGGAGACGAGGUCUACUUCUGACACAGUUGCCCUCACCAGGUCUGUGCAAAAUGAUGGCCAAGUAUCCUAUACAGCUGAGGAGGUCCAUCGCCGCACACAUCUCGUAGAAGACACAUCCGAUCUAAUUGCCAUUGAAGUGGAACUUUGCUCUCUGGACCCUGUCAUGCCCAGCAUUGGCAAUGAAGGCCUUUUCUGCUUUAUUGGACGCACGCCAGAAGGGGCGAAGGUUUUGGGUUUAUCGCCAUCCAAUGCCUCUGUAGUGGAAGUUCCACGCGCACAGACAAUACAAGUCGACAUGAAUACCCCACAGGAUGAUGGAGCCUUUAUGAUAGAGCUUCUGAGCGAGAUUAAAUCGCUUGUCAUCGCAAAGUUCGUCCCCCCUGGAUGUACCACCCUGAUUUAUGAACCAACUGCGCAUCUUGCCGCUUCCUUACGGAGGUCAGCCCAGGCAAAUGUUUCGUUAGUCAGCUUCCAAGUUAGCCCCAAAGAAUCGGUUUCAGGAAUGGAUAUCUUCAUUGAUCCUCGGGCCUCAAGAAAGGAGGUUCAGGCGAAGGUAUCCCCCAAUACUAGGAUUCUCAUUCACAUGGGACGCGGGACCGAUACACGCGAGUUCUUGGCUCUCAGACAAGCUCUGCCCCCACAUGCUAUCCUUCUUGCAUUCCAUGACCUUGGUGCUCAUGGAAUCAAGCCUAUUGAAAUGCUCACAGAAGCUUUGACCAUUGUAGCAGGUCAUUUGCCAAGCGACAAGGUCUCAUUUGACGACAGUACUGUGGUGAAAACCGCCUCUUUGGUCGCAGCGGGCAUCAAGGAACAUCCGAAUGCUGCUGUCGUUGACUGGACAGAUGUUCAAAACAUCAUCGUUAGCCAGAGACCUAUCAACACCACCAAUCUAUUCUCUCCCAACAAGACUUAUCUUCUUGUCGGGCUCACUGGGCAUAUUGGUCAGUCCAUGUGUCGCUGGAUGGCCAGAAGUGGAGCCCGGCACAUCGUCGUCACAAGUCGAAACCCCGAGAAGCAGGGUCAGCUUUGGAAGGACGAGCUACUCAGGCAAGGAGUAAAUAUUGUCAUUGAAGCAGCUGAUGUUACUAACAGGCACCACCUCGCGGAGCUCCGCGCUCGCAUUGCUAGCUCCAUGCCUCCAAUUGGUGGUAUUGCCAACGGUGCCAUGGUUUUGGAAGACAAGAUGUUUGUUGACAUGUCUUUUGAGAGUUUCCAAACUGCCAUGAGGCCCAAGGUGGAAGGUUCAAUCUACCUUGAGGAGGCUUUCUCUAAUGAUGAGCUUGACUUUUUCCUGUUCUUCUCGUCAAUCUCAGUGAUGACGGGUCAGCGUACACAGGCCAACUAUGUUGCCGCCAACAAUUUCAUGGUCGCUAUGGCUAAGAGACGAAGAGCCCGUGGACUUCCUGCUUCUGUCAUCGAUAUUGGCAUGGUCUCCGGUAUGGGUGUUGUUCAGAGAUCACAAAAUGAUAAGGGUGUCAGUACUAUGGAGAACUCAAUUCGACAGAUGCACUAUAUGCCCGUGUCUGAGGUUGACUUGCAUCAUCUCCUCGCCGAGGCCAUCCUCGUCGGUACGAGUGAUGAGUCCCCAGAGCUUGUCACAGGUUUGGAAACCUACAAGGCCGUCAAUGGAGAGACUCCCUUCUGGCACAACAAUUUGCGAUUUUCUCAUCUCAUCAGGGAUCCCGAUGCCGCGCAGGCUGGUGCAGACUCCAUUAAUAGCACCCAUAAAUCCCUGAAGGAGAUGCUCCUCAGCUCUGGUGGACCAGAUGAAGCCACAAAGGUUAUGGAGAACGCUCUCCUGGAAUACCUGGCGUCUUCACUCAAACUGGCACUUGAGAGCAUUUACACAGAUGUGCCCAUAAUUGACUUGGGUAUCGAUUCUCUUGUCGCCGUCCAGAUCCGAAAUUGGAUCUGGACCGAAGCCGGAUACGACAUUCCUGUAUUGAAGAUCCUGGGAGGUUCAUCGGUCGAACAGAUUUGUGGUGAGGUAGUCUCAUCUCUAUCCUUUGACAAGAAGUCGAUCGCGGCCGCCAAAAUCGAAAGUCAAGCAACGCCAACUCAGAAGGCUCGUCCUUGGGAUAAGACGCCAAUCGAUGCCAAGCCGACGAGCGAUGUGGUCACUGCACCAGGACUAGAUUUGGACCCCAAUGAACAUAAGGGUGUGCCAAACAGUGUGACAAGUGGAACUUCAAACGGUACUCCUAAUGGCGAUUCAAAUGGUACAUGGAAGAAACCGUCAAAUCCUGCCAAAAAGGCUCAGUCUCAUCUGCGGGCUCAAGCCCAAGCGAGCGCUGCGAAGAAAGGCCCCCGCCCAACUCCCAUAAGGACACAGCCGCUGUCAUUGGGUCAAUCACGACUCUACUUCUUGUCUCAAUACUUGGAAGAUGAUAUCGUCCUGAAUUGCGCCAUUUCGUACACUCUUUCUGGGGACCUGGACGUGCCUAAGUUGGAAAAGGCUCUCAAUGAGGUGAUUCAGCGUCAUGAGACCUUGCGCACCUCCUUUUACAUAGAUGAGCAGCUAGGAAAGCCUAUGCAGGGAGUGCUCGAGAAGUCGCCUUUCCAACUCAAGGUCAUCUCGAGUGCCAGUGCUUCGUCGGAUGUUGAAAACGAAUUUGACUUGAUCCGUUAUCGUCAGUACGAUCUGGAACAAGCGGACACUUUGGCCGCUACGAUCUUGUCGCACCGUGAAGAUUCACAUACUGUUAUUUUCGGAUACCAUCACAUUAUUAUGGACGGCGUCAGCUGGCAGAUAUUCCAAAAGGACAUGGCCAUGUUUUACAACAACUCGGGCUCAGAUGACUCACCCAAGCCUUUGCCAGCUCAAUAUGGCGAGUUCACUUCGAAGCAACAGCGAGACCUGUCCGAUGGAGCGUACACUGAAAGACUCAACUUCUUCCAGAAUGAGUUCCGAGAGACUGUUGAAUCUCUACCCCUGUUUCCUUUCGCCAAAGUUGGCACACGGAAGGCCGUGAAGCAGUACGCCGUUCAAGAGGUUGCCAUUCAACUCGAUCGCAAUAUCGUGAGCGCGAUAAAGAAGGCGAGCCAGGCUUCUCGAACCACUCCUUUCCAUUUCUAUCUCUCCGCUUUCCAAGUUCUACUACACAAACUCCUGAACAUUGACAAGAUGUGCAUCGGGGUGGUAGACGCCAAUCGAUCUGACCAGAACUUUGUGAACACUAUCGGUUUCUUCUUGGAAACUAUUCCUUUGUUGUUUGAUGUAUAUGGUGGGCAAAGCUUCAUCGAACUGCUGAAGACAACACGGAGCAAGGCAUAUGCUGCUUUGGCACAGACUGGUGUUCCCACCGAGGAGAUCCUGAGAGCAUGCGGCGUCGCAUCGUCGACAACGGAAACGCCGCUCUUCCAAGUUUGCUUCAAUUACCGCAUGGGAGCUGGCCGCACCGCUCCACUACAGGCAGUGGAGAUGGCAUUUUCGGACUAUGUUGACGCCAAGAACCCGUUCGAUCUCGUUGCGACUGUCGAUGAUUUGGACAAUGGAACCGCGAUGAUUACCCUCUAUCUACAGGAUUACCUGUAUGACCAAGAGGGUGCUCAACUGCUUGCCAGUCUGUAUGCGCAAACACUCGAGGUAUUGGCAGAGAACACAGAUCGCCAGGUUGACUCUGUGUCAAUUUCCCACACAGGCUUAGAAGCUGAGGCAAUCAGGCUCGGUACCGGGCCGACAUUGGACCUCGCAGCUCCUUUUGCCAGUACUCUGUCGAGCAUCAUUAACACCUGGGUUGACAAGGAUCCUCACGCUAUGGCUGUGAAGGAUACUAGCGGCAGGAAAAAGACAUACUUGCAGCUCUCGGAGAGGUCCAACGCCAUUGCAGCGGCGCUGCUGAAUGUUGGCGCGGCGCCUUCAACUCGCAUCGCGCUCUUGCUUGAACCCGGAGUAGACACGAUCGCCGCGAUCCUCGCAAUUAUCCGUAUUGGAGCGGCCUAUGUACCGCUAGAUACUAGGACCUCAGAUGCACUGCUUGCUGAUAUUUUACAAGAGUCUCAACCGGAAAUUGUGCUUCAUCACGCCGCAACCGCUCAGCGCAUCAAGCAGCUUUGCAAAGCCUCUUCGAAAACCAAGAUGGUCACACUUAAUGCGGUCCCUCAGAAGACCGUGCGAAAGAUUCAAGAUGUUUCAGUCCCAGAAGGCGUCGCGAUGAUUCUUUACACCAGUGGUUCUACUGGUAGACCAAAGGGAAUCCCACUCACCAAUGCCAACAUUCGCACCCCCAUUCUAGGUGUUUCCGAGAGAGUGCCACUUGGACGAGAGGUGGUUCUCCAGCAAAGUGGACAAGGUUUCGAUGCUGCAAUCUACCAGAUCUUCAUUGCGCUUGCCAAUGGCGGCACCUUGAUCAUGGCUGACAAUAGAGAUGACCCUGCAAAGCUGGCCGCCCUGAUGGCUCGUGAGGCUGUCACUUGUACCACCCUCAUUGUCUCGGAAAUGCAAGCUUUGUUAAAGUAUGGUUACGAUCAACUUUGCAACUGCUCUUCUUGGCGUAUUGCAAUGGUCGCUGGAGAGGCUUUCACAGUUCACCUCUUGGAACAGUUCCGUCAGCUCAACCGACUUGACUUAAAGGUCAUCAACGCCUAUGGCCCAACCGAAGCGUCCAUCUGUUCUUCCUUGGGCGAAGUGUCGUUGGAAAAGACCGACUCAACCGAAAUCAGCAUUCCAAUCGGAAAGGCUCUUACCAACUAUGGAACAUAUAUCGUGGAUGAGCAUUGCAAGCCCGUUCCGCUGGGUUGGCCCGGUCAGGUCGCGAUUGUUGGGCCCGGUGUUGCCAGUGGCUAUUUGAACCUCCCUGAAUUGACCGAAGCUAAAUUCAAGACUUCGGCUUCUCUGGGAGCCGCUUCUGGAUCGGAUUCUAUUUAUCUCACCGGAGAUAAAGGUCGGAUGCUUUCCGACGGCUCCAUUGUCAUCUCUGGCCGCGUAGAUGGAGAUGACCAGGUUAAGAUCAGGGGCCAUCGAGUGCAACUCGGCGAUGUCGCCAGGGCUCUCGUUCAAGCAUCGCGCGGUGUCUUUGUAGAUGCCGCAGCUUUGCUUAAGGGAGCCGAACCUUCAAACCAGCAGCUUAUCGCUUACGUGGUCUUCUCACGGACGAGUAAUGUUCAAGACAAGCCGAAAUAUCUCCAUCAACUCAACCAAGAGCUCCCUGUACCAGCAUACAUGCGCCCGGUGAUCAGUAUACCUCUGGACACUCUCCCGGUUACAGAUCGUGGCAAGCUUGACACUCGGAAGCUGGCCUCGUUGCCUUUACCGGAAAUCUCUGUUGACAAGGACAAGGACGAGCAGCUCACACCAACAGAGACACGAUUGCGAGACAUUUGGAAAAAUGUCUUGGGUGAAAUCUCUUCCUCCAUUCCGAUCCGUCGUACCUCCGACUUCUUUUCUGUUGGCGGUAACUCCCUGCUUUUGUUACCUCUGAAGGCUGAGAUCACUCAAGAAUUCGGAGUUGAGAUUCCGAUCCCGGAGCUUUUCCAUUCCAGCACACUUGAGCUUCUCGCUGCGCGACUGGAUGGUACUUCAUUAUUAGCGCAGAUCAACUGGGACGAGGAGACCGCCCUGGACGAGGCAGCCUUCACAAUACCCUGCGCUGCCAAUGGAGCCAACGGAGUCAACGGACACAAAGCAUCGAAUGGUGACUCCAAGGGAAUCUCUAUUCUCCUCACUGGUGCCACAGGCUUUUUGGGAGGUCACAUUUUGCGCCAACUGGUCAAACUGCCCGGUGUCACGCGCGUGCACUGCAUCGCCAUCCGUUCUAGCCAGGAUGGCUCACCCCGACAAUUGAGCGUGGACUCACCCAAGAUCAUCCGCCACUCUGGCAAUCUUGCACUUCCAGGUUUCGGCAUGAGCGAGUCCGAAGCUUCGAGUCUUUUCAAGAGUAUUGAUGCCAUUGUUCAUAACGGAGCUGAAGUCUCGCACAUGAAGAAUUAUCGCAGUCUCCGAGCUGCCAACUUUUUGUCGACGAUAGAACUCGCUCGACAGGCUGUGAGCCAUGGAAUUCCGGUUCAUUAUGUCUCUACUGGAGGCGUGGCGCGUCUGAGUGGAGCUGACGAGCAGCCCGAGGCAUCGCUUGCCGCAUUCCGUCCUCCCAUUGAUGGAUCUGACGGAUACGUGGCAUCCAAAUGGGCAAGCGAAAUUUUCCUUGAAAAGGUCCAACAAAGCUACCAAGGGCAGCUAUGGAUCCACCGACCUAGCAGCAUCACUGGCGAUAACGUUCCUGACCUUGACAUUGCGCAUAGUCUGCUCAAGUUCUCUAAGGAGUUGGGUGCUGUACCUGAUCUCACUGGGUCCACUGGAUUCUUCGACUUCAUCAACGUUGAGACCGUUUCAAAGAACAUCACUGCCUGCGUGGUCAAUGGCAGCGCGAAAACUGGUGGUGAUCUGGUUUACCUGCACCACAGUGGCGAGCGGGUUAUUCCCGUUGGAGACUUGCAAAAUUAUGUCGAGGAAUUGGGAGGGUCGCAGGUGAAGGUUCUUCCCCUGAAGGAAUGGGUGGCUAGAUCUAUUCAAAAGGGUCUGGAUGAGGUGUUGGGGUCCUUCAUGUUGGCCUCCAAGGGAGUGAUUCGAGCGCCUCUGUUGCAAAGGGGUCAUUGGGUCGAGUAA